GCUCCGUCUUUCAGCAGCACAUUUACUGCGCUCUUUUUGAAGGUCCUGUGUGAAACAUUCCCCAGCCGCGCGUGUGUGUGAUGUACAAUCACUUCAGUAUAUGUUUCUUCAUCUAAAAUCAACGCUGUAUUCACCAGAAGUCUUCCAAGAGCAAAUCAACACGCGUUUUCCUUCAACGGACAUCAUAUUUCUCAACUGGUCAGCUUCAGGAGAUGGGGAUGCGUGGAGUUUUGUUUUAUACAUUUUUAGCGGUUUUCACAGAUCUGUGUCGGGGGACUUUAAUGGAUUGCGAGGAAGUGCGUAAAGUUUUUCAGUUGAAACAAAUCGGACCUGCAAAAUCAAUACCUGACACGCCGAGAACAGGUUCAGACCUGCAGGUUUGCUCAUCCAAGAAUCUAACAUGCUGCACCAAAAAGAUGGAGGAGCGUUACCAGGUGGCGGCCCGGCGGGACAUCCAGAACCUUCUCCAGAUCUCUAGCUCCAGCCUGAAGUUCCUCUUCUCACGAAAUGUGGCUGCUUUCCAAGAAACCGUGGAGUCUCUGGUGCGUCAGGCGGAGAACCACACCCUCUCCAUCCUCCAUCAGUCCUACCGUGAUCUCUCCGGCCCAGCAGCAUCAGCACCGGUCGGGGAGUUUUUCACAGAAGUGGCUCUGUUCAUCCUGGGCUCUGAGCUCGGUCUAGAAGAGUCCUCUCAGCGCUUCUUCAACGCUCUUUUCCCCUUAAUAUACGAGCGUCUGAUUGACUCCCGUCUGUCUCCUCCAUACGCCGAAUGCCUGCGCUCGUCUGCUCUAGAUCUGGCACCGUUCGGAGCAGCCCCGAUCCGCCUGGCGUCCCGAAUCGCCCAUGCUUCUCUACCUGCUCGUGUGUUUCUCCAAGCGCUUCAUUUGGGCAUCGAGAUUAUAAAUACGACCGAUCACAUCCAGCUGAGCCGCGAGUGCAGACGUGGCCUGCUGAGGAUGAGCUACUGCCCACACUGCCAGGCUCUGACCUCCAGCAAACCCUGCAUGGGAUACUGUCUGAAUGUGGUGCGCGGAUGUCUGGCUAACCUGGCUGAGGUGGAUACCCACUGGAGGGAGUUUGUGCGCUCGCUGGAGACGCUGGCAGGACGGAUGCACGGAGAGCUGGAUCUGGAGCAGGUGCUGCUGGGGGCGCAUGAGCUGGUCAGGGACGCUGUGGCGCACGCUCAGAGGAGCACAGCGAGGAUACAUGCACAGGUGCAGCGUGUGUGUGGUCAGUCCAGCAGAUGGACGGAGCCGGUGAACAGCGUCCAGCACAGCACAGGACGAGGAUCGUCAGACUCAAUACCACUGAGAGGAGCAAACAGAAACACAGAGGACUCUCUCAGGAGCCGCAGGACUGAGUUCCUCCACAGUCUGCGUUUAUAUCGCACUUAUUAUGGGGCUCUGGCUGAUCAGCUGUGCAUCAGUGAACUGGCCUCUGCAGACGGACGGGCCUGCUGGAACGGAGACGACGUGGCCAGAAGCUAUACUCUGCGAGUGGUUGGCAAUGGGAUUAAAGCGCAGGCUGAAAACCCAGAAGUCAAAGUGAAGGAGGCCGAUCCGGUGAUCAAUCAAGUCAUUGAUAAACUCAAGCACAUCAAUCAGCUGCUGCAGGGCAGGUCGAUCCCAAAACUGGGCUCUCUGGACCAGAUCGAGACGGGCAGCGGAGACGGAAACAGCGGAGACUGCGAUGAUGAGGACGGAUGCUGGGGAUCAGGGAACGGAGCAGUCCAGAGGAGAGGGACAGUCACUAAACUGACACCGGAAAAUACCAACAAUCACAGAUAUCAUCACCCACAAACCAAAGCCUUUGAUGGGAUGGAUUCUGGCGCGAGAGAAGCACGAAGCAUCCCGCUGUUUCUGGUCUGGAUGUGUGUGUUUGUGCUCCUGUCAGGGUAACGUCAGCCAACUGGGUCCAAACCCCAGCCUGAAGACUGCUUUAUCCCACUGUUUUUUGGAAAGACAAGAAAAAGUGUCAGCUUUUAAAAACACUGAGGUUGAAUUUCCAGCAAAAAAAAAAAAAAGAGAGAUGUGCUCUAAUGGAAAUGGAUCAAGAAAGGCUAAACUGGCUUUAAUGCAUUUAGGACUGGAGGUGGUAAAAAGUACUGAGCGCAAAAAAAUACGAAGCAACACUGUUUAUAAACCUUUUUUUAAUCACAAAGAGUUUUUAUCAUCAACAUAGCAGGCUACUAAAAAUUCUGCCAACACUUUACUGCCUUGAAUAAUGUCUUUUCUACAGGGUUCGGAGUAACACUUUCAGAGAGAAAUGAAUUAAUUUAAUUCUUUAAUGAUGUACAAUGUAUUCAAUAUCGUUCUGGGCUGAAACAUAUGGAAGCUUUUUUUCUGCUAUGGGAUCAAUAGACAAAAUGAAAUUAAUUAAAAUUUAAUGUAAUGAAAUGUAAAAAAAUGUAAACAAAAUACAAUACAAACAAAAACAAACAAACAAACAAACAUUUAUUUGACAGUAACUGCACUGUUUUCUUGUAAUUCACUAUUUUCUUGUAAUUUCGAGAUUAAAAAAACAGAUUGUAAACAAUAAGAUAUAAAAAAGAUGUAAACAAUAAAAUAGAAAUACUAUUUAUAUAGCACAUUUAAUUUAUAUUUGACUUGCUUGUUAUUCAGAGUUUAUUUCCAUAGAUAGAUAGAUAGAUAGAUAGAUAGAUAGAUAGAUAGAUAGAUAGAUAGAUAGAUAGAUAGAUAGAUAGAUAGAUAGAUAGAUAGAUAGAUAGAUAGAUAGAUAGAUAGAUAGAUAGAUAGAUAGAUAGAUAGAUAGAUAGAUAGAUGGAUGGAUGGAUGGAUGGAUGGGUAGAAGAAUGGGUAGAUAGAUAGAUAGAUAGAUAGAUAGAUAGAUAGAUAGAUAGAUAGAUAGAUGGAUAGAUAGAUAGAUAGAUAGAUAGAUAGAUAGAUAGAUAGAUAGAUAGAUAGAUAGAUAGAUAGAAAGAAUAAGAAAGAAAGAACAAUAAAAUUCACCUUUUUUAAUGUCAUUUGUUCCCAUGGCAGAAACACUUUCAUAUAAAUAAGCACAGCAUUUUCUUUUUUUAAUAGAAAUGAUGCAACAUUUCUGAUGUCAUGUACUGCUUUUUAAAUACGUCUUGGUACCAUGUACCUGAAUGACCUUGUAUUUUCAGCCUUUUUAAAUGUACUGUUGUUGUUCGUUUCCAUCUGAAAUGGCGUGCAACGCACCUUAACAGAACUGUAUAAAGAUGUCUUGAUUUACAAUGUAUUUAUUCUUCAUUACAGAGUCACAUUAAAUAUAUAAUGAAACUAAA